CCCUAUACUAUAACGUGUAUAUAUAUGCGUAUAAUAUACUCCAUAUAUGGAAAACUCAGCUCAACUCACUGUCUGUUGCAGUAUAACCAACCAGUACUGAGCCAACACUCCAACUCGGAUCUGAGUUACCGAGUUGACUCAGCGUAACCGCCAUGGAUCCCAAUGUCGAAGACCGCACGCCUCACUGCCUACUUCUGCCCUACCCAAACCAAGGUCACAUCAAUCCUAUCCUCCAAUUCGCCAAGCGAUUGUCCCACACGCGCCGCCGCAUCCAAAUCACCUUCAUCCUCACAAAAUUCCUCCUCAAAUCCACCACCGCCGCCGCCGCCGCCGCCGAAGCCGACAUCUCUUUCAGGUCGAUUUCCGACGGCUUCGACGACGGCGGUAGAGCACACGCCAAGAGCUUCGAGGAGUACACCGACCGAUUCGAGCUUGUCGGCCGGGAAACCCUAACGGAGCUGCUCCGCGAGCUUUCGGAUUCGGGUCGACCCGUGGACUGUGUGGUGUACGACCCGUUUAUCCCGUGGGUCCUCGACGUUGCCAAGGGCUUCGGCCUCCCGGCGGCGGCGUUCUUCACGCAGUCGUGCGCCGUGAACAGCGUCUACCACCAGGUCUACUGCGGGCGGCUGCGGCCGCCGCUGCGGGAGAAUGAGGUGGCGGUGGUGGCGGCGGAGCUGCCGCCGCUGAAGGCGGAGGAGCUGCCGUCGUUUAUUGAGGUGCACGGGUCGUACCCGGUGGUGUUCGAAAUGAUAAAGAGUCAGUUCCGCAACGUGGAGAAAGCUGAUUGGAUAUUCGUCAACACUUUCUACAAACUGGAGGAGAAGGUACUAAUUCAAAAUACUAUCUCGAUAAUUAAUUCUUUAUCUGAAUUUUGGCCAAUAAAAGCAAUUGGACCAUCGAUACCAUCGAUGUGCUUAGACAAAAGGUUGCAAGAUGAUGAAGAUUAUGGUCUAAGCCUCUUUGAACCCUCAUUAAGUGUUUGCCUAAAUUGGCUCGAUAAACAUGAAUCUAAAUCGGUCAUCUACAUUUCUUUCGGAAGUUUAGUUCAAUUAACGAUUGAACAAACUCAAGAACUCUCGCAAGCAUUGAUGAUAUUAGACAAACCCUUUAUAUGGAUUGUUCGAAAAUCAGAAGAAUCUAAACUUCCAAAUAACUUUCCACCGGAAAAUGGAUUGAUCGUGUCAUGGGGCCCACAACUAAAAGUAUUAGGACACGAUGCAAUCGGAUGUUUCAUUACACACUGUGGAUGGAACUCGACGCUUGAGGCAUUAAGCCUAGGGGUACCCAUGGUGGCUAUGCCACAAUGGACCGAUCAAAACACUAAUGCAAAAUUUGUUACGGAUAUUUGGAAAGUCGGUGUGUGGGCUAAGAAAGAUUGUAAGGGAAUAGUAAAGAGCAACGUGAUUAUCGAUUGUGUAGAACACGUGAUGGAAGAUGGGGAAGAAAUUAGAAAGAAUGCUAUUAUGUGGAAGGAAUUUGCGCGGGAAGCCGUUGAUAAGGGAGGGAGUUCAGAUACAAAUAUUGAAGACUUUAUAAUUACAUUGAAAGAGAAAAAUGAAGCAAAGUAACAUGUGAUCGAGUUGACAUGUGACUGCAAAAUUAUGAGUUCAAAAUUUGUUGAUAUCCUUUUUGGCUUGUAUUGUUUAAUUUGCAUUACUAGCACAGUUUGCAAGCUAUAAAAAUAAUGUAACCGAAGAAAUCAUCUAAAUGGUCAUAUAUAUAUACAUAUAUAUAUAUAUUUUGUUAAACAU